GACCUUUGAGUGGCGUUCCAGACGUUAUUUCUUAGAAGGAGGUGGGAAAAUUCCAACUCCCGAUCUGUCUGGAACGCAGAAAAAUAGCAUGCCCUUCAGUAGUCCUGCGACACUGUUUUUGCUCUCCUAAUAUUAUAUCAUCAGUACUGUUUAGAUUUAUGUGUCGUUAGUAAAAAUUGGCAUACCUCAAGGCCAAGGAAACCAGUUACGACUACAAAACUACAACUCCCACGAUCGCUCAUGGUGGUAUACGUUAGUAUUUCCGGUGCCCCUGCAUUUCUGCGCCCAUCGGCUGACGAGUCGACGACUGGACGGACGGUGGGAAGUUUACAGUUAACCUUACCUUUUACAAUAGAUCAAACUAACAUUACAAUUAACUUGGUUAUUACAGACAAUAUAACAACAACGAACUACAUCCAUAACUAAAAUCAGUGCCAUUAUUUUGUUUACAUUUUACGUUUUUGUUAAAAAUGAGGAAGUUUCUCAUGACUUCUUUAGCAUUCAGCAGAUUUUAUGUCACAUUUUUUCGCUGUGUUUUGUGUAUUCACACAUCACACUAUUUCUCAAGAUUGUGUAAUUUGUAUUAACGGCUGCCAGGCUGCUCCUUUAUUUUAGUUAGACAUAGAGUUUAUGUUUAUGCUUAAACAAAUCGUUCCCAAAAUUAUUACAUGCCACAUCUGAUUCACCUGGAGCAAAUGUUUAUUCAGCAAAACUGCAUACAUAUGUACAUUCCUAAGACACGUAAAUCCUUUCAAAUGUCUUUUCAAGUCUGUUCUUUGCUUUGACGUCUUAGUGUGGGUGAAUGCUGUCACUGAGGCGAUGCCCUUGGAGGUGACAUGGCCCUUCCCACAAUGCCCCCGUCUGGGCUGGAGAAUAUCCAGCCGAGUGGUCAUGGGAAUGGUGGGCUCAUACAGUUACCUUUGGACCAAGUAUUUUAACUCUUUGAUGGUGCACAACCAGGAUGUUUUGUUGGACCUGGUCGAAGAGCGUCCUCGGGACACGCCUCUUAUCACAUUAUGCAAUCAUCAGUCCUGUAUGGAUGAUCCACACAUCUGGGGAGUCCUGAAGCUCCGGAAUCUAUGGAACUUUAACAGGAUGAGAUGGACACCUGCUGCCUCUGAUAUCUGUUUCACAAGAGAAUUCCACUCCAGAUUCUUCAGCAGAGGGAAAUGUGUGCCUGUUGUUAGAGGAGAUGGAGUCUAUCAGAAAGGAAUGGAUUUCCUUUUGGAAAGGCUGAAUCAUGGGGAAUGGGUACACAUAUUUCCAGAGGGUAAAGUUAACAUGAGCGGAGAGUUCAUGCGGAUAAAAUGGGGAAUUGGACGUUUGAUUGCUGAGUGCUCUCUUCACCCAAUCAUUUUACCUAUGUGGCAUAUAGGUCUGAAUGAUGUCCUACCAAAUCAAACUCCAUACAUCCCUCGAGUAGGACAGCAAAUAACUGUUCUAGUUGGAAAACCUUUCACUGUCAGACAUCUGGUGAAUACAAUGAGAGCUGAAAACACAAGUUCGAUGGAAAUGCGAAAAGCAGUGACAGACUUUAUUCAGGGGGAAUUUCUCAGUUUGAAAGCCCAGGCAGAGGCUCUUCAUCACAGGAUACAGAACCGCACAUAACGGUGAGGAACUCAUCGCAGGAUAAAGGGCUAUACAGUACAUUACCCAUCAGCUAACACUGGCCUUACAACUCAGCAUAGACAUUGAGCAGAAAGAAACAUACAAACUACGUAUGAAGAGGUUUACAUAAUCCUUUUAAGGAGUGUUAUAUCUGUGAUGAAGUAACCAUAUCCAUUGAUUUAUGUGUGGACAAUCAGAUAUGGGCUAAAGGAAUGCAGAGCUCUUGAGUUGUGACUUUUUAAGCCAUGUUCAGGACCUCAGGACACAGUAUGUGACUGGAAAUGCCUUUUAGACUGUGGAGCACAAUAUGUUGCAUUCUCCCAUAGUCUUGUUCUAUUUAAUUGCACAGAAUACUUGACCUAUCAAAAAAAAAAAAAAAAAAAAAAUCAUAGAAUGAUGAAAGUAGCUCCUGUACUAGUAACACAUGUCAGUGAGUCAUUCUCCUUUUUUCUUUUUAUUAAUUUCCUUAAACAUUUGAACAUGUUAAAUUUGUUUGCAUGCUCAGUUGUCAUAGCUGGAUCAGUAAUUGUCAUGACAGACAUAUUAACAAUGCCAAAUUCUUGAUUUACUGUGGGAAUGCUAAAGAAUUUAGUAAAUCUUUUUAAUUACAGAUUGAGACAUUUGAAAUGACUGUACUAGCUGUUAAGAGUUUUUAUAUUUGGUGCAGUAUUUGACUGUACAUACACUGUAAAUACAGAAAUUUGACUGUGAACACAGAAGCUGUACUGAAUUAUUUCACAAUGCACAUAUAUUUCAUUUGUGCCUAACCCACAUAAUUUUCAUUCUCGUUUGCAAUGAUGGAACAGACAAAAUAUAUAAAAAUCUGCUGUACUAUAAUACUUAAAGUCAUAUCAUGAAAUGAGAAUUGAUUAGAAGCAUGUGAAAGUUGACCAUGUUUUGUUAAAUACAUUUUAGGGACAGACAUUUGAUCUUGUUCAAAAUAAAAAAAAAUCAACUAAAAUAAAAAGAUAA